AGUGUAAGUAUAUCAGUGAAAGAGGUUUGACCCUGAGUAAUGAGAGGACAGUGAAGGGUCGGGACGGGUAGAGCGCAGCCUAUUUGUCCCGCGGAAUAUCAAGUAUGCCCGCGUUUUGCUGCGGGAUUCACCACAUUUCUCCCCAGUUAUCACUUUUAAUAAGUUUUCCAGUUGCUUAAAUCAGGAUUACGUUUCUGGGCUUGAAGAUGCCUUUGAUCAUUCCUUUUGCACUUUGGACUUUUCUACUGUCCCUGCUGAAACCGGGAUAUUCCAAUUACUCUGUAGAUCAAUGCAAUUGGAAAGGAAGUGGUCUGUCCCAGGAGCCCGGCAGCGUGGAGCAGAUCUUCCUUCACUGCGCCGAAGGGGACGUGGAGUGGCUGUACCCGGUGGGAGCGCUGCGACUUAGCCUCUCUCCCCGGCUCCCCUCGGGGCCAGCCUCCUCGGCCACCCGAGGAAACUUCGGUCGCAUCACGGCGUGCAUCAAACCCGCCGAGACCUUUCGGGGGGCUCAGAUCUACCUGGAGCAAGGAGCAGAGCUGCAGCUGCUGGUCCGAGAUCAGCAGAGAGAGGAGGAAGAGGAGGAGGGGGCCGAGCCGAAAGUUCACUGCUUCAGCCGCUUGGCCGGCGAGAGGGUGGCGCUCUUCAUCCAAUCCACACUGCACCGGGACAUCAGCCGCCGGAUUGCUGCCUUUAAGUACGACCUCCGCGGGGAAUGGAGCUCUGGAGCACUGCUCCCUCAGCAGGCUGAAAGAGCAUGUAGACCAUGCAAUGACACAGAGGUUCUUAUGGCUGUCUGCACAAGUGAUUUUGUGGUACGCGGUCACAUUCGAAGUGUGAUUCAUGACAGAGAGCGCCAGGAAUCUGUUGUAAACGUGGGCACCACCAAAAUUUACAGACAGAAGUACAUGCUCUUCCACCCAGUAGGGAAAUAUGGAAAAUCAUUUGGGGAAGUGAGGACAUUCUUGAAGUGUGGUGUGAAGCAAGGAGUUGGGAGCUUCAUUUUCACAGGCCAUGUCCACUUUGGAGAGGCGUGGCUUGGGUGUGCACCUCGCUACAAAGAUUUUAAGAGGAUUUAUGAAGCAGCCAAAGAAACACAUGAGAAUCAAUGUGAGAUUGAAUCAGACUGAAACUGCUUUGCAGUUAUUGGCAGAAAAGGAGGGUAAAACAUAUGUCACUGCAGUGAUACGGUACGUGAGAAAUCAUGUUGUGAAGGAAUCCCUGAAAAGAUUUUGGAGGAUUGAUUCAUUGUCCAGUGAGAACGUCUGUGACUGUACUGCUAACCUCAUUGUGCAAAGCAACUGUGGGAUUGAUUUAUUGUCUGAUGCAACAAUUGUUAUUACACAGCAAGUUUGUGUGUGAAGGACAUUUGGAAAGGAAGGGGAGUGAUUUAUUGCCCCUUGUGAACAAUUAAGAACAUGCACUCAGUUUCACUUUGUGAAGGGCCUUUUUGGUUGAAUAAUAAAUAUGUAAAAUAGUUUCAUAUCAGAACACCACCUUCUUGCAGGGCAAUGGUGUCUACCACAAUAAAAUUAGUUUCAAAGUCAAAUGGUACAACUGAUUCAGCAUCUAAGUAGAACAUUCCAAAUAUAAUGUAUGAUGUACAGAUCACAUGGCUCUAUGUCGGUGCUUAUGAAGAUCUUUAACCAAAACUAAACGGCCUUCAACAGAGGUUGUUGACCAAUAGGAUCGAUGACUGAUGUUUUAUCAUAUGAUAAGUCCAAGUGAACAUUCUGGGUUAUUCAGAUGAGGUGAAAUUGAAGACCAGGUCAAAGUUUCCUCCUUUAAUAAGAGAAUGUUUACUUUGUAUAUUUUUGUUAUUUAUGAUUUGAUUUGAUGCAACUUUAGAAGGAGACCACAGUAAUAAUUGGAGUGUUGGUUAUUGCUGGCACAUACAGUCCAAAUACUGAACAUUUAAGCCUUGGUAACAGAAAUCUGUAGCAUUUCUGUUUGCUAGUUUCCAUGCUCUUGUUGAAGCUAGACUCUUAUGCAUAAGUUCCCUUAUCACCCUGUGAUCUCUGCUCUCAAACCAUAGGCUCUCCAUUCAGCCUAUUUAAGGACUUCGAUUUGGUUGUCUUCUUUAUAAUCCUUACACCGUUCUAUGUCUUUGCUUUUCCUUUGAAUUAAAUAGUAAUCCACCACUUCCAGUAAAGAUGCUCUUAGCAAGCAAGAUACUAGGGCAUUUAUUAUGAAAACCUGAACAUGUUAGAGAAUGGAGAAAUGCACUUCCUUGCUGUGGAAGCCUAGCUCUAUUUUGGUAUUUGGAAAAAUGUGAAGAAAGUUACAUAUUAUGUAAAUAUCUGGAGCUUUAAAGUGGGCUGCCACUAAACACAAGACCCACUGGUAAUGUUAAUGCACAAAGCUACAACUUUUAAAAUCAUAUUCGAAAGGGGCAACAUUUGAGGAUUGGUCAAAACCCUGUUAUGGAAUAAACAAAGUGAAUAAAAUGGGCCAAAAUCUUUACUCUGCUUCUAUUUCUUUGUCUUUUCAUUGGCUUGCUGUAGAGCGAUGGUAUUAGCAAUUCUGCUCAUAUAAGAUAUUUAGUACAGUGCCAUUUUAUCAGUGGCCUUGGUUAUGUUUGUGUAUCUACAGCUAGUUUGAGUGUAUAUAGUGUAAAUAUUUGUUUAAAAAAGAAUCCUAAAUUCAAUGGAUGGAAAAAUUGAGAACUUCUGAGUCUAUGUAUAAAUAUGGGCUGUAGUUUCAUUUUUUUUUUAAAGAAGGCCUUUUUACUUUUCAAAAGUUUAUUAAAAUCUAAAGUUGAUUUGC